AUGGUUUUUCUGCUGCUUUUCCUCCUAUUUUUUCCAAAUGUUGUCUGGAAUUUUGAUAAGAUUGAGUUGGAGGAUAUUAUCAUUUAUUUCCCGCUCAAGGUCGACUACUUGGCUCCGUUCGGAUGUGCAACUGGUACCAGUUGUGAUGAUGAAGGAGCUGGAUAUAUUCCAUCUGCUAUGGAAAUUGCUCUGGACCGUAUAAACGCUAAUAAGGAUCUUGAAGUUUUUCACAACUUAUCUGUUAACUAUGUGGACACUUCCAAAAUCGCGGGACCAAUGGCUGCAAGAAACGCAGCGGUGAACAAUACGACGAUGGCAGUGAUGGGGUUGUCCAGAGACUGUUAUAUUCAGAGUACAGUGUUGAAUAUUAAUGCGAAAAUUGGAAUUUCAGAUAUAUGUGAAAUGGAUUUGUCUAGUGUUAAAGGAUUUGAUCAGACUACCGUAUUAAUGAACUCGCAGACAAAUUCGCUGGCCAAGUCUGUGGUUUACUUUUUGACAAAAUAUAACUGGAAAAAGGUGGCACUGGUUUCACCGUCAACGACGCUGAGUGCAUUUGAUUCAAGAGUUAGAUCGGAUUUGUUAGAUGCACUGACGGUAAACAAGAUUGACAUUCAGGUUGACUCUCGUUUGGAUCCAAUGGCAGAUUUUACUGAAAAAGUGAAAGAUGAUGCUCAGAAAGCUAGAAUUUUCAUAAUCUGCGACUUCUCCUCCAACGCCAAUCUCCUCCGAAACUAUCUUUUCAAACUCGGCGAGCUCAACAAAAUGCAAUCCGGAGAGUAUUUCGUCAUUGGCUACAUUGCCUAUAACAACAAUUACCAAUGGUUGGAAGCUUCUUCUAGAGAUCAACGUCUUCUACAUUUGGGAUCCAUGGAUAUCAAUGAUUACAAUUUAACUGAGAAUGAUCUUCAUGAGGUGUAUAAGAAUUUCAUUGUUUUGACGGAUGGACCGCCACCAGCGGAACCGAAUUCUACAUGGGAAGAGAUUAAAAAUCAAGUGACGGAGAAGAAGGCAAUGAAAGUUUGUCCACCGUUUUGUAACACUUCGAUAUCGGAGAAAGUUGUUCCUCGAUGGGACCGUAUAAAACUGCUAUUCGAUGGUGUCCAAUACUUGGCUGAUGCUACAAAUGACGCUUUGAGAGUUGGAUCCAACAUCUACCAAUCUUCAAUUUUCUACGAAUACAUGAUCAGUCGACAGAUCAAUAGUGUUACCGGAGUCACAGAAUACGUUGACGGCUUCGGAGCAAUCGUUGGCUCCAUGCAAGUCUACUAUCACUUCUCCAGUUCCAAUCGAAAUGCAUAUGGACUUUUUCCAUGUGCUCGCUUGGGUCAAACAUCCCUCAAAAACACUCAGUGGGCGUUGAUAGAUUAUUCAGAAGGGUUAUCGAUUGAUUUUGUGAAUAAAUCCGCUCCCAAAGAUACACCGGAUUGUGGUUUCUAUGGAGAGAAUUGUGGUCCGGCAACGAAUAAUACGUUUAUCAUAGUGAUCUCUGUUGGAGUCGCGAUUCUGAUAGGAUUAGCAAUUGCAGCCGCUUUCUUGUACAAACGUUAUCGAUAUGAACGAAAAUUGCACUCGCUGUUUUUUAUGAUCGAUCGAAAUCAGAUUAUUCUGAAGAAACACACCAAUCUGAUGAGUCAAGCAAGUCUGAGAAGUAUGGCAAGUAUUCAUGGAAGUUUUGCGGCAGCGUCCCAAACCCUUCGAGACUCUCAUUUCUUCAUCGAGGAUUACGGUAACCAUCCACCACAAGACUCCUCUCAAAUGUCCUCGAUCUUCCACACGGGAUCCACCGCCCGUGCUAACCCAUUCGGUCAAUUCCCAGGAUUCGGAGUGUCGCCUGGAAACUCGGAAGAUGAAAAAUGGCAUCAAUUGAAGGAGUUUGGAGUUGGAUUGUUUGAAGGAAGAAUGAUUGGAUUGAAGAGAAUCUAUAGGACGGAUGUGGAGUUGACUAGAAAUGUUCGAUUGGAGAUUGCUCAGUUGCUAGAGGCCACUAACUCGAAUACACUGGAAUUCGUUGGAAUGGUGAUUCACUCUCCAGAUGUGUUUUUGGUUCAUGAGUUGGCUCAAAGAGGAUCGUUGAAGGAUAUUCUGGAUAAUGAAGACAUGGCACUAGACGACGUGUUUAGAAGUCAAAUGACAAAGGAUAUCAUCGCAGGUCUGGAAUAUCUCCAUUCCUCUCCAAUCGGUUGUCAUGGAAGACUCAAGUCUACAAACUGUUUGAUUGAUGGUCGAUGGAUGGUUCGACUCUCCAGUUUUGGACUUCGUGAGAUGAGAUCAGAAGAGGAGUGGCAACGGGAAGAAGGUGUCCAAGAAGGAAAAGAUGAUUUGUGGACUGCUCCGGAGUUGCUAAGAUGGAGUACAGGCCUUGGGCAAUGUGGACAUCUUCUAGUCCAGAAGGCAGAUGUCUAUAGUUUGUCUAUCGUGCUCUAUGAACUUUUUGGAAGAUUGGGACCUUGGGGAGAUGAGCCCAUGGAGCCGAGAGAAAUUGUGUCUUGUGUCAAACGACUCCCGUCAUCUGGCAAAAAAGUGUUCCGUCCGGACCUUGCGGUUAUCAAAGAGGCACCACAGAUUGUUAGGGAUACGGUAGCGGCUGCGUGGACUGAAGAGCCCCUAGACCGCCCGUCCUUGUUCCAGAUUAAAAGGAAGUUGAAGCCACUGACAGUUGGAUUAAAACGCACAAUAAUGGAUAACAUGGUUUCGAUCAUCGAGAAGUUGACAGACAAGUUGGAAAGAGAUAUCGCUGAAAGAAAUGAGGAAUUGGAGAGAGAAAAGGAAAAGAGUGAGAUGCUUCUUAAAAUGAUGCUUCCGGAAGUGGUAGCGGACAGUUUGAAAUUGGGAUCCAAUGUCUCAGCAGAAAGUUUCGAAAGUGUCACUGUCUUUUUCUCGGAUUGUCCAGGUUUUGUUGAGAUGUCGGCAACGAGUAAACCAAUUGAUAUUGUCAACUUUUUGAAUGAUUUGUACACGGUCUUUGAUAGAAUUAUCGAUCAAUUCGAUGUCUAUAAAGUGGAGACUAUCGCUGACGCUUACAUGGUCGCUUCUGGAUUACCGGUCCCAAAUGGAAAUCAUCAUGCUGGGGAGAUAGCGUCGCUGGGAUUGGCUUUGUUGUCUGCUAUUGAUGCUUUCAAAAUCCGUCAUCUGCCAAAUGAAAAAGUUCGUCUCCGCAUUGGUAUGAAUUCUGGUCCUUGUGUCGCUGGGGUUGUUGGAUUGAAGAUGCCCCGUUAUUGUCUGUUUGGAGACACUGUGAACACUGCAAGUCGAAUGGAAAGUAAUGGAAUUCGUGAGUUUUCAGAUUCGACCGUUUUCAAGAGUCUGGAGCUCGGUUGUCAAAUUUCUGAUCACUUGAAAAAUUUUGGAGGAUCCCUUCGUAUCAAUUGCUCAGAAUCCGCGAAACAAGUUUUGGACCAACUCGGUGGCUAUGUGAUGGAGGAACGUGGAAUUGUUGAAAUGAAAGGAAAAGGAAAACAGAUGACGUAUUUUGUGAGAGGAGAGGAUUCAGAAUUGAGAAGAGAGCGAAUUAUCAGAGAAAGAGUCAAAUUUGCGAGUCUCAAGAAAGCCAAGAUCCAGGAGAAGACUUAUGAUUUUGAAUGA